CAUUUUCUGUGUCAAAAUUGUGAAAAGCAAAACACCUUAACCUUAAACCCCUCCAUGUUCCUUUCUCUUUAUGGCAUUCUUCAACACUCCAUCCUCCACAGUCAUUUUAUCCCUCUCUCUCCUCUUUCUCUUUCUCUCUCCCACAUUUUCUCUCUCCUCUUCCACCACCAUUCAUGACCUUCUUCGCUCAAAAGGGUUACCAGCUGGUCUGUUACCAGAAGAAGUAAAGUCAUACACUUUCUCAGAAAAUGGUCACUUAGAAGUGUUCCUUGAAUCACCUUGUUUAACAAAGUACGAAAACAGAGUAUACUUUGAACAAGUUGUCACUGCUAAUCUCACCUAUGGAAGCCUCAUUGGUGUUGAAGGGUUACAACAAGAAGAGCUUUUUGUUUGGUUACCUGUUAAAGAUAUCAUUGUUGAUGAUCCAUCUUCAGGCUUGAUUCUCUUUGACAUUGGUCUUGCUUAUAAGCAACUUUCUUUCUCUCUUUUUGAAGUUCCACCUCAUUGUAAGCCUCAAGGUGUGAUGAAGAAUCAUGUGAGGAAGGAGAAAGGAUUUGAGGCAGUGAGAUAGAAAAAAGUUGCCAACUAUGUUUUCAGGCUUCAGUUAUUGUCUUAUUUCAAUGUCAUCAUGUUUAUAUACUUUUGGCCUUGCAAGUUGCAACUAUAGUUCAAUAUGUGUAGGUUUUUUUUAGAGGAGGUUGGUUUAAUUAAGAGCAUGUAAAGAUGUGGGUGGGGAGUAAAAAAACCCCAAGGAAUCUAAUGUUCUAAUCAAAUUUACAACUUUCUAAUUUUUGUUCAUUCAUAA